GCGGAGUCAUUCCCCGGGCAGACACGGCAACAUGGCGGCGGCGGUGUGGGGAGCGCAGCGCCUGGCCGGGCGGGUCGCCCGUCUCUUCCUCAUGCCGGGCCGGACUUCUCGGAUGCUUUGUACAGUGACUCAGGAGAAAAGUACUGGGCCAAACUCGGAAGAGGAGCCAAGUCACCCCCACAGUGAACAGAAAUCUGAUUCUGACUCUGCUGCUACUGCAAAGUUAACAGAGGAAAAGACUAAACUGGAAGAGCAACUGAAAGAAAUGACGGACAAGUAUAAACGUGCCCUGGCCGACGUAGAAAACCUGCGACAGAGAACUCAAAAACUGGUAGAAGAAGCAAAGUUAUAUGGAAUUCAGAGUUUCUGUAAAGACUUGUUAGAGGUCGCCGAUGUUCUGGAGAAAGCGACGGAGAGCGUUCCCAAAGAGGAGCUCAAGGAUGAAAACCCUCAUCUGAAAAGCCUCUACGAAGGUCUUGUCAUUACUGAAGUUCAGAUCCAGAAAGUGUUUGGGAAACACGGCUUGGUGAAACUGAAUCCCCUUGGGGCCAAGUUUGAUCCUUACGAACAUGAAGCGUUAUUCCAUGUUCCCAUGGAAGGGAAGGAGCCCGGCACAGUAGCUUUAGUAUCCAAGAUUGGCUAUAAGUUGCAUGGCCGUACCCUGAGGCCUGCCUUAGUUGGUGUGGUGAAAGAACCGUAAGACUUUAAUCUGAAAGAACAGAAGUGCUACACAGCUAUUAGAUACCUGGAAUAAUGGUCCACUUCACAUAGUGAUGAUGCAACAAAAGACGCAGGACCUUAAGCCCACAUUGUUCAAACUGCAUAUGGAUAAUGCGGAGGGAUUACUAUGUGAAUUUUACACGUAUAUAAGCCUAUACAUUACCUGUACAUUCUGAUAAAUAUUUUGGUGAUUAAAGAGCCCUGCACGGUAACUAAGCAGUUUCUUAGCAAAAAGAAAGUAAUCAUGUUGAUUGUUGUCUAGAAUGAAAGCCCUUGCCUUUGUGAACAUGGAGCUGGGCUCCAAUCCAGUCAAGUUAAUAACUACUUUUGUUCUUGUAGAAGCCUGGCAGUAAAAUAAGAAAAAGUAUUUAAGUACUUUCCAUAUUUUCCAGAUUCAGUUUAGUAGUAUACAAAUUUCAGAUUGCUGUGUCAGUUAUUGAAGCAAAGUUCCAAGUUAAAUUGGCAAAUUCAGCAGUUUGCAAAAUUUUACUGAC